AUGGAAAAUACUCAGGCAGUAUUAUUAAUGAUAUUAGUGAUUGGGAUAUAUGAAAUGAACGCGAAACAUCUCAAAUCCCCGACACAUUUAUUAUCUAAGACUCAUCUUCUGUUGCCAUCUCAGAAACAUUAUCAGCCCCCAGAACAAGAAGCAACUGACGGCUGCUUCCAAUCUGAUAUCAAAUUAACCAAAGACCAAUCUGAAACACUUCGAGCCAUCGAGCUACAAACCACACAAAGAAGAUUGGGUAGAAGAAAGGCCAUUGCUGUUCUGGCGCGGCGCUGGCCAGAUGGCAUCGUGCCCUAUGAAAUAUCAUCUUCAAGCCAAGUUGAUACUGAUGCAAUAUUAGAAGCAAUAGACCACUGGGAGACCAAUACUUGUCUUGAGUUUCCGCCUUACAAUUCAACCGUACAUACGUCGUGGAUACGAUUCAUUAAAGACGUUGGAUGUUGGUCUUACGUUGGCCGUGUUGGUGGAGGUUACCAAAACAUUUCGAUAGGAUUCACAUGUGAAAUGUUUGGCACUAUUGUGCAUGAAAUUGGCCAUGCGAUUGGUUUCUGGCAUGAACAUAGUCGUCUGGACAGAGACAAUUAUGUGACCAUUCACUUCGAAAACAUUGAAACUGGCGCAGAACACAACUUCCAGAAAUACAGUUCAUUAGCUGGUGACAGUUAUAACGUAACAUACGAUGUAGGAUCAAUAAUGCAUUAUGGAGACAAGUAUUUCAGCAAAAACAAUCUCACUACAAUAACUGCAAUUAAUCCAGCUGAACAAUCAAUAAUGGGUCAAAGAGAUAGUCUAAGCGAGGCAGACAUUCAGUUAGCUAAACUGAUUUACAAUUGUCCACCUGGAUUAUGCACUGAUAAUUGUAUUUAUGAUGACGAUGGUGAUUGUGACGAUGGUGGUCCUGGAUCUAUUUUCAAGAUAUGUGCUUACGGCUCUGAUUGUACAGACUGCGGAAUUAGACCUGACCCACAAUGUAAUGACUUAUGCAGUUCAAACAACGAUGGAGAAUGUAAUGAUGGCGGGGUUGGGUCUGAGGAUAGUACAUGUGACUACGGUUCAGACUGUGAAGACUGUGGAGUUAGAACUGAUGCACUUUGUGGGACUACUUGCCGCUACAAUGCCGAUGGUGACUGUGAUGACGGUGGUUCCGGCGCUGACUAUAAUUUAUGUACUUUUGGGUCUGACUGCAUGGACUGCGGAGUUAGAUCUUCAACGAUGCCUGAAUUGAAGUAAUCAACGUGAAUCUAAAGGCGAAUAUCUAUAUUGGUAAUAAUAAAUAUAACUAUGUUUAAGUGACAAUUAUCACCUGUAUUUAAGUGAUAUUAAAUGGAACGAGUGUUCGAAA